CAUAUCCAAUGCUAGACACUUUCGCAGUGGCCUCAUAUGUCUUCCGUUGAACUUCUGUUUGAAUUUGCUCAGAAUCUGCCUCAUUCAUCGUGACGUCCAUGUUUUCGGCUGCAGUUCUUCCCGCCACGGCAGGAACCAAACAAAUGUCGCUAAACUGACGUCAUUUCCUUGAAGAUGCUAGCUGUCCUCCAUCAGUAGAUUUUUAGCCAACCGGUUGUAUGGCCAGACAUCGAACAACACAGUGGACCAAGGCUACGCCAAAAACCUGGCUUUGAGACAUCGCAUGUGUGUGAUUGAUUCAACAUUGAUGCCAAACUGAACUCAGCAAUACGAGAUGGCUGUUACAAAGAGGAUUUGCUCCGGGUCACCCAGGCAGGAGCAUGUGGACAUCCUGUUGUAGCUGGUCCUGUUUGGAACCUACCGCCACAGUGGAAGAAAACGGCAGCUCAUGGCGCCAGGCCUACACAAACUCGGGCAACAGCCAAUCCCCGAUCUCUCCCGAACUUUUGUGCAAGGCCUGCGGAGGCCAUUUUGACACCAUCGCUAUAAAGCAUGUCUGUGUGGACUGCAAGAAGAACUUCUGUGGCCGCUGCUCGGUGCAGCUGGAGCCGCCAUGCCCGCGCCUCUGCCACACAUGUCAGCGAUUUCACGGAACCCUCUUCGACCGCGCCCAGUUGAUGAGACUCAAGGUGCGGGAGCUGCGUGACUACCUCCACCUGCACGAGGUGCCCACCCAGACGUGCCGGGAAAAGGAGGAGCUGGUUGAGCUGGUCUUGGGCCAGCAGACCCCCAGCACCAGCAGAAGCAGUGAGACCGUGUCCUCCCAGCCCGGGGCUCACAACAAUGUCCCCUCCCCAGACACACCGUCCCCUCCCCAGACACAGGGCCCUACCAGCCCUGACACAUUGAGCCCAGAGCAGCCAGAACAAUCAGCCCCUGAGGCAGAAUCAGAGCAGAUCUCUGAUGAGGAAGAAGAGGAGGAGGAUGAGGAUGAAGAGUCAUCGGACAGCGAGGAGACCCUGAUGCCCGGCCGCAGAGCCUCUCUGUCUGACCUGAGCCGCGUGGAGGAUAUUGAGGGCCUGAGCGUGCGCCAGCUCAAGGAGAUCUUGGCCCGCAACUUUGUCAACUACAAAGGCUGCUGCGAGAAGUGGGAGCUGAUGGAGAGGGUCACCCGCCUCUACAAUGACCAGAAGGACCUCCAGAACCUAGUUUCAAAUACAAAAAAUGAAGAAGACCCUGCAGCUCCCAAGAGCCAGGAGGAGAACCUCUGUCGGAUCUGCAUGGACUCUCCCAUUGACUGUGUGCUGCUGGAGUGUGGCCACAUGGUCACCUGCAGCAAGUGUGGCAAGCGCAUGAGCGAGUGCCCCAUCUGCAGACAGUACGUGGUACGGGCGGUGCACGUCUUCAGGUCCUGAUGCAUGGCAACAACGAGGGACACAGUGGAUACCAAGGACAACAUGGCAUUGCUGCCACCACUGCUCAGAGAUGGCAUAUUUUACAAGAAUACACUCCUCUGUAAUGCACACUCUCACUCAUUCAAUCAGUCUUCCUCUUGCCGGCAUUCCAGAGAAAUAACCUGCCUCCACUUUUCUGGGUUCUCUGUUUUUCUACUCCACCUGAACCUAUUGUUUCUACACUUUCAGCAUUUUACAAGACCUCAAUAUUUCAGUACUAUAACUUUGUUGUUCAAAAGAGUUAGGUAUCAUGUAUUCACAUUGGUGCCAGUCAGACACCAAACUAUAUUGGCACUUUGCAUGGGAGGGCAGCAGUACCUUUUCAAAUUCUGAGGUUAUUGGGUAGAGAUCAUGUUUAUUUCAACCCCACACACAGGCAAGGUUAUAUUGCAUUUUUCUGUCUUUGCAUUUGUGUGCACGGGGAAACAACUGAGUUCCAUAGCUGAGAAACACAGGGCCUUACUAGAGAGGGCAUCGACUAACAAGCAAUGAAUAUAAAAAACGUAUUUGUUCUAGCAAUGAAUGAAAGGCUGAAUCUUGGUAAGAGAGGGAACAUGUUAGGCUACUCUGUUGUGCAUAUCAAUAGCAAAACAGAGUGGCCAGAAUGGUGCUAUUUGACUAGUGAUUAACAACACUCGUAACAAAACAGAGUGGCCAGAAUGGUGCUAUUUGACUAGUGAUUAACAACACUCGUAACAAAACAGAGUGGCCAGAAUGGUGCUAUUUGACUAGUGAUUAACAACACUCGUAACAAAACAGAGUGGCCAGAAUGGUGCUAUUUGACUAGUGAUUAACAACACUCGUAACAAAACAGAAUGGCCAAAAUGGUGCUAUUUGACCAAUGGAAGCAACACUCAGGGCCCCAUUUUGACAGUGCAAGUAAGCGGUGUGUGUCGAGACCAAAAUAUCCAAAACCGUUUAUUUCAAACCUUAUCGCCCCAAGCAAGGCUUGGAUAUGAACGUGCUAAUAUUUGAUGCAUGCAAUGCAGUAGUUGUGAAAUUGGUGCAUUAAGUGCAGCACGGAGUACUUGGAAGUGGUAAGGUCUGUUUUGCGCCCUCCAAUUGUCACACUUAAUGUUCAGUACCUGCAAACCAGCUGUUCUGUUAAUUGGUUUUGUGGUCCAGAGAGCUAUCUUUAGGUUGCAGUGCACUUGCUAAGCAUAGAACCCGGGCCUUAUCUGUCUUAUUGGCGAUCCUUCAGACACAUCUGUGUGGUGGUUGAACAUAGCAUCUUAGGAGUGGAAACAGCCCUUUAAACACAAGUCUGCUUGUAGCUCACUGAAAGUACUUGAGGGUCAAGGAGGGGAUAAUGCUUGGCUUCAUUCGCCCUUUUAUGGUCAAAUUACCCUUUUAACUUGCAGAUAUUGUAUCAAAACUGGAACAGAACACGCAUUGACUUGACGUUAAUAGUUCUUUAAAUGAGCAACAAUGGGGAUUUUUUCUGAAAUGUAAACCCUACACAGUAGAUAUGCAGUUUUUUUUAAAUUCUCUGCGGGUCAUAAAUUGUUUGAAGUUGGUUCCAUGACCUUACCCCAAAUGAGUUUUGGGGUAAAGAGAACUGACCUCGUUAGCAGAGUCUCCAUUCCAAGGCUCUCACCACCUCUCUCUUAUCAGCAAGUGCCCCAGAACAGAGUGCUCAUUAGCUUAGCUGACAUAGUGCACUGAAUACACUCAUUUCCUAAUGACGAGUUGAUUAAAUGUAUCUACUAGUUAAAAAGAAAAAAUCUGUUUUCUGCGAAUUUACUUUGUUUGUGGGGAUGUUUUAAAAGCUAGAAUUGAUAAUUGAAACAAUAACAAAGAGCCACCCAGCCUCUGUUUCAGUAUAAAGCUGAGGGAUGGACAUGGAGAAAUGUAACCACUCUCAGAUUCAGAGACAGAGCUAAGGACUGACCAUCCAUGAUAUCAAAGUUCUAGUUUUAACCAUGUUUUAAGGCUAUACAGUGUUUGUUAAGAUUUACAUUGUUUAUACACAUUGAAGUAAAACAAGCUUAUAUUUUGGAUUCUCAUGGGGUAUGACAAGUUAAACUAAGCUCAUGAGGUAUUUAUACGUUAUAAUCUUCAAGAAUCAAUGGGUAUAUAUCAUUCAUUAAAUGGAUGUAGCAACUAAGGAUUCUAGCUUUAAGGAGGAUCUUGGUUCAUUCUAUUCCAACUCUAGGCAAUUUGGUAAAUGGAUUGAGAUUGAAUUUAUAUGAAAUUAGAGGCAAUUUUAUUACAGUGCAUUUCUCAAAUUGCCUGGAAUGGAAAUGGUUUGGCAGCCCUCUGCAACUUUUUAUGGAACAUGUUUUAAAAUUAUAGAGAAACAUAAUGGUUUGCAUUUAAAUGGUCUUUCUACUGUAUAUCUUGUUUUAUAGCUAAUGAAUGUACCAUCAAACUGAUCAUGAGGAAAAUGCACUUAUACUAAUUAAUGUGUCUGUUUUAGGGAAUGCGUAUCCACUGGGAUAGACUCCGUUUAUCCCAGAUACUUGGUCUGCCUGAACUGAAUGUAACUGGUUUAAGUUGUUUACAAUAACAAAACCAUUUCUUACUGUGACUGCCAAAUUGCCAAUAUCGCAAAUAGAUUUUACACUAGUCCGUUUGAUAUGUCUUUUGUCAAUAACUAUGCUAAUAUCAUGCAAGAACAAUAUGAAUCAUCUCAUGUAGUUUGUAGAGAGCAGGUGAAACAAGAUAUGUCAGUGUCGUGAGACUAGAUCUGGAUCUUUUCACAAACAUCUCGUCACCCAGCUUGUUUUUAUCCUGGACAUCAGUUUAUACAAGCCAGGCCGUCAGUCAAGUCAGUUCUCUCUGAGGAGUGUUUUCUGUGCAUGUGAAAACGUGUGUAUACAUUUAGCGAAACCCAACCCAAGAUAUAAACAUUCCAAACAGUAGAAUGUACCUUAACAGAACACUCUUCAACAAAGAAAGCUAAUAUUUUCCACAUAUACUAUAGCCCAUGUACAUGUGUAAUGCUCCUUGAGGACUUGUCAUGCGUGUGUGGGAUGUUGGUGUCCCUAGUCUGCCACGAGAGUCCUGUAGUUCUUAUUGCUGUCUGAGGACCUAGAUAUUAAUAUCAAUUUGUUAUUGGGGACUUUAAAAUGGAGGUGUUUUGGUAUUUGGAAGACUAAUCAAUCUACUAUUGUGAAAUGUUGGACGUGUUUAGAAAAAUCAGACAAUCUAUAUCAUAUCUGUGAUUCUUUAACAGUGAGUUAUAAUUUUGGCAAAUGCCUUGCUAUGGAGAGUUGUGCUAAAGGUGAUUAACAACACCUCCACUAGUUAUUAGAUAAGAACAAGGAAAUUAGUCUGCACUAUCCCACCCCAGGGGGAAAAAGGGUCAUUAUUAGCAUAUGAAGUUCAACUUUAAUGGAAAGAUUUGCAUGUGUUUUUUUUGGGGGGGGGGGGGGGGGGGGGGGGGGGGGGCUCUGACAAAAGGCAGUUUGAAAACACUUGGAAUGACUCAUAACUGUAUGUGUGGAGAAUUAUUUGUGUUUCGUAUACUCUGAUGAUUUAACUUUGUUCAACAACUGUGAAAUUGUAUAUAAUAAUCCCAUGCGACAGUAUCAUUUUAAAUAUUAUUGAGCGUGUUGUACAUUUGUCAAAUUACUAGCAUGGACUAUUGCCUUUGUUGUAGUUUAAAUAUGUAUUCAGUAGUAUUGGCUAAAUGAGCUAAAUGCUGGAUCAGUUCUUAACUACAAUGGAAGCUAAUAGGAUUUAUAAAUCAGAAAAACCUAUAUUUUUGAAAAUGUAUUAAACAUAUUGAUGUUCUUGUGCAUAUAUUUUGUUGGACAUUUUUUAUAUUGAUAAAAAUAUAAUAAAGUACCCCAACAGACUUAUAAACUCCA